GCCCUUUCCGCCGACACUCGAGCAUGCGCAGCGUCCGCGACUGCCUUCGCGGGCUCCUCGUGCUCUCGUUCUCGUUCCUCCUCGUCUUCACCUCGUACAAUGCGAUCGAGAACCUCGAGACCUCGAUCAUUCCUGGCGCAUGCGACGGCUGCGCUGUAUCGGUGCCCAACGCCAUGUGCCAGCUCGGCGACGUGUGCGCGGCCAAGGUUCCGUUCUCUUGCGACGUGGCGUGCGCGGCGCCGUUGGAGGAAUGCAAAUCGACGCUAGGCAGCACGACUUUGGGCGUCAUUUACCUCGUCUUUAUGGCCGCGUCGUUCUUUGGCCCGGUCAUCCCGAACCUGAUUGGCGAGAAGCUCAGCUUGGUUGGCAGCUCCGCGUGCUACGGGCUCUUUGCGGUCGCCAACAUUGUCGUGGCGCUCAACCCGACGGCGACGACGCUGCACUGGUGGAUUCUCAUCCCCGCUUCGGCGCUCAUUGGUUUUGCGGCCUCGGUGCUCUGGGUCUGCAAUGGGAGUUACCUGACGCGCCUCAGUGUCUACUACGCCCAGUUCAAGCACCUGCCGGAAACUAGCUCCAUGGGCUUUAUGAACGGCACGUUCUUCGCCAUCUUCAAGGUGAGCCAGCUCACUGGCAACGUCUUGUCGUCGUACGUGCUCGGGUCGCUGCAAUGGUCCACGGCGUCGCUCUUCACGGUGUACGCGACCCUUUCCUUCCUCGGCACAUUGCUCCUGUGCUUUCUCGAGCCGCUGCACAAGCCCAUGGCUUUGCCCCAUGAGACUUCCAAGCUGCUGCCGGUGGCAUCGCCAACGUCAUCGUCGCUUUCGAUCCGAGCUGUUCUUGCUUUGGCCAAAGACCCGCGCAUGCUCGUGCUUGCGCCGCUUAUGCUAUUCAACGGCAUCCAGCAAGGCUUUACGUCGUCCGAAUUCACAACCAACUUUAUUCGCGAGUCACUCGGCGAAGCGUCGAUCGGCUACGUCAUGGCCGUCUUUGGCGCGACCAACGUUCUCUUUUCAAUUGGCAUUGGCCGCCUCGCAGACAAGGUCGGUACCAUGUGGGCCCAAGUACUUGGCUGCACCGCCCAAGCCAUUGUGUAUGCUCUUUGCCUCUGGGUGCCGAUUGUAAAGUGCGACGGCCAGUGGGCGCUCAUUCUAUCGUCGGCGGUUUUGCUCAGCCUCGGCGAUGCAGCGUCCUGCACCCUGGCCAACGUCGUGCUCGGGCAAGAGUUUUCGGACGAUGCGAUGACGGCCUUCUCGCUCUUUCAAGUGUACCACUCGGCGUCGGCGAGCUUGGUGUUCUUUCUGCUCAAGUACCUCAGCUUGACGUUGCGCCUCUAUGUACUCUUGAUUUCGGUCCUCUUGGCUGCAGGUUCGAUCGUCGUCUACGCCAAGCGCUACCGCACUGUCGUCGUCUAAGUCGACACCAAAUGUUGUUGAUGACGACGCGACGAGUCCAUCCAAAACAAAAGUUCUACGAGAUUUUGCC